GGAGGCGGACGCCUCAGGCGGCGGCGGCCGCGACGGUGGUGGCGGCGGCCUGGGGCCGGGAAACUUUGCCCCUUUGUGCGCUCCGCCCCAGAGGCGGCGGGCAGGCAGUGCUGCUGCCUUCAUCAUCCUUAUCCCGGAGGAGCAAUACCGGGAAGAGUACUCCUCGCCCUGCUCUGCCCCACCACACACCCACCUUUCUCACCUCAUGCCCGGGUCCCGGGUGGGUGAGGGUGAAGAACCCACCCAGCCAAGAUGAUCUCUUCCCUGGGGGCUGCUGCUGCUGCUCUCCUCCCCCAGAUCCUGGGCCCCAGCAGGUGGGAGGGUGGCCCUGGAAGGAGCCCUGUCAGACUGCUGCAGAGGAGGUGAAGAGGGCUUAAAAGGCGCCACCCAUCCCAGACACGGAAGCUCCUUGCCUUUUGCCCUUUAGAUCUUGACUGUUUUAGGAAAGAAGAAUCCGUUGGUGAACCUUACAGGCAGCAAAAAACUGGACUGUGGUUCUGCCUGGCACCUAUGCCCCCGCCUCUGGUAGCAUCAGCAUCAUGAGCCAGUUUCAGGUGCCCCUGGCGGUCCAGCCAGACCUGCCAGGCCUUUAUGACUUCCCUCAGGGCCAAGUGAUGGUAGGGGGCUUCCAGGGUCCUGGGGUUUCCAUGGCUGGGAGUGAAGCCCAACUGAGAGGGGGUGGAGAUGGGCGAAAGAAACGGAAACGGUGUGGGACUUGUGAGCCCUGCCGGCGGCUGGAAAACUGCGGGGCUUGCACUAGCUGUACCAAUCGCCGCACACACCAGAUCUGUAAGCUGCGCAAGUGUGAGAUGCUGAAGAAAAAAGUGGGGCUUCUCAAGGAGGUGGAAAUAAAGGCUGGUGAAGGAAAGGGGCCGUGGACACAAGGGGCGGUUGUCAAGACAGGCUCAGAGCUCAGCCCGGUUGAUGGACCUGUUCCAGGUCAGAUGGACUCAGGGCCAGUGUACCAUGGGGACUCAAGGCAGCUAAGCACCUCAGGGGCGCCGGUCAAUGGUGCUAGAGAGCCCGCCGGACCCAGUCUACUGGGAGCUGCGGGUCCUUGGCGGGUAGACCAGAAGCCCAACUGGGACGCUGCCCCAGCCCCAGCCCACACUGCUCGCCUGGAAGAUGCCCACGAUCUGGUGGCCUUUUCGGCUGUGGCCGAAGCUGUAUCCUCUUAUGGGGCCCUUAGCACCCGGCUCUAUGAAACCUUCAACCGUGAGAUGAGUCGUGAGGCUGGAAACAACAACAGGGGCCCCCGGCCAGGGCCUGAAGGCUGCCCUGCUGGCAGUGAAGACCUUGACACCCUGCAGACAGCCCUGGCCCUUGCACGGCAUGGCAUGAAACCACCCAACUGCAACUGCGAUGGCCCAGAAUGCCCUGACUACCUCGAGUGGCUGGAGGGGAAGAUCAAGUCUGUGGUCAUGGAGGGAGGGCAGGAGCGGCCCCGGCUCCCAGGGCCUCUGCCUCCUGGAGAUGCUAGCCUCCCAGCACCCAGCACCAGGCCACUCCUUAGCGCUGAGGUCCCCCAGGUACCUCCCCUGGAGGGUCUGCCCCUGUCCCAGAGUGCCCUGAGCAUCGCUAAGGAAAAGAACAUCAGCCUGCAGACCGCCAUCGCCAUCGAGGCACUCACACAGCUCUCUUCCGCCCUCCCCCAGCCUUCUCAUUCCACCUCCCAGGCUUCUUGUCCCCUCCCUGAGGCCUUGUCCCCUUCUGCCCCUUUCAGGUCCCCCCAGUCCUACCUCCGGGCUCCCUCAUGGCCUGUGGUUCCCCCUGAGGAACACCCACCAUUUGUUCCCAAUAGCCCAGCCUUCCCCCAAGCAACUCCAAGGACUGAGUUUUCUGAGGCCUGGGGCACUGAAACCCCACCAGCAACAAACCCCCGGAACUCCUGGCCUGUUUCCCGCCCCAGCCCUGACCCCAUGGCUGAAUUGGAGCAGCUGUUGGGCAGCGCCAGUGAUUACAUCCAGUCAGUAUUCAAGAGACCUGAGGCCUUGCCCACCAAGCCCAAGGUCAAAGUUGAGGCAUCCUCUUCCUCCCCAGCCCCAUCACCAUCCCCCAAUCUCCAGAGGGAGGCUCCCCCACCAUCAUCAGAACCUGACACCCACCAGAAGGCUCAGACUGCCCUGCAGCAGCACCUCCACCACAAACGCAGUCUCUUUCUAGAACAGGCCCAUGAUGCCUCAUUCCCUGCUCCAUCAGAGCCUCCUGCUUCUGGCUGGUGGGCCCCACCAAGCUCACCUGCCCCCCGGCCUCCAGAUAGACCACCCAAGGAAAAGAAGAAGAAGCCCUCUACACCAGCUGGAGCUCUUGUGGGAACGGAGAAAGCAACCCCUGGGAUCAAGCCCAGUGUCAGAAAGCCAAUUCAGAUCAAGAAGUCCAGGUCCCGGGAAGUGCAGCCUCUCUUCCUGCCUCUCAGGCAGAUCAUUCUGGAAGGGCUGAGAUCCCCAGCCUCUGAGGAAGUGCAGGCACCUCCACCAGCCCCUCUCCCUGACCCUCUUCCUACCACACAGGGCUCUGCCAUCCCCUUGCCCCCAGAACCUUCUCUUGCGCUAUUUGCACCUAGUCCCUCCGGGGACAGCCUGCUGCCCCCUACUCAGGAAAUGAGGUCCCCUAGCCCUAUGGCAGCACUGCAGCCAGGCUCCACUGGCCCCCUUCCCCCUGCCGAUGACAAGUUAGAAGAGCUCAUCCGGCAGUUUGAGGCCGAAUUUGGGGAUAGCUUUGGGCUUCCUGGCCCCCCUUCUGUGCCCAUUCAAGACACCGAGAACCAGCCAACUUGUAUCCCAGCCCCUGAAAGCCCUUUUGCCACCCGCUCUCCCAAGCAGAUCAAGAUUGAGUCUUCAGGAGCUGUGACUGUGCUUUCAACCACCUGCUUCCAUUCAGAGGAAGUAAGCCAGGAGGCUACACCCACUAAGGCUGAGAAUCCACUCACACCCACCCUCAGUGGUUUCUUGGAGUCACCUCUUAAGUACCUGGACACGCCCACCAAGAGUCUGCUGGACACACCUGCAAAGAGGGCCCAGGCUGAGUUCCCUACCUGCGAUUGUGUUGAACAAAUAGUGGAGAAAGAUGAAGGUCCAUAUUAUACUCACCUGGGAUCUGGCCCCACAGUAGCCUCUAUUCGGGAACUGAUGGAGGAGCGGUAUGGAGAGAAAGGGAAAGCCAUCCGGAUUGAGAAGGUCAUCUACACGGGGAAGGAGGGAAAGAGCUCCCGUGGCUGCCCCAUUGCCAAGUGGGUGAUCCGCAGGCACACACUGGAGGAGAAGCUUCUGUGCCUGGUGCGGCACCGAGCAGGUCACCACUGCCAGAAUGCUGUGAUCGUCAUUCUCAUCCUGGCUUGGGAAGGCAUCCCCCGCAGCCUUGGAGACACCCUUUACCAGGAGCUCACUGACACCCUCCGGAAGUAUGGCAACCCCACAAGCCGAAGAUGUGGCCUCAACGAUGAUCGGACCUGCGCCUGCCAAGGCAAAGACCCUAACACCUGUGGUGCCUCCUUCUCCUUUGGCUGUUCCUGGAGCAUGUACUUCAACGGCUGCAAGUAUGCACGAAGUAAGACACCUCGCAAGUUCCGUCUCGCAGGGGACAAUCCCAAAGAGGAAGAAGUGCUCCGGAAGAAUUUCCAGGGCCUGGCCACUGAAGUCGCUCCCCUUUACAAGCAGCUGGCCCCUCAGGCCUAUCAGAACCAGGUGACCAAUGAGGAAAUAGCAAUAGACUGCCGCUUGGGACUAAAGGAAGGACGACCCUUCUCCGGGGUUACUGCCUGCAUGGACUUCUGUGCCCACGCCCACAAAGACCAGCAUAACCUCUACAAUGGGUGCACAGUGGUGUGCACCCUGACUAAGGAAGACAAUCGCUGCGUGGGCCAGAUUCCUGAGGAUGAACAGCUACAUGUGCUCCCGCUCUACAAGAUGGCCAACACGGAUGAGUUUGGUAGUGAGGAGAACCAGAAUGCCAAGGUGAGCAGUGGGGCCAUCCAGGUGCUCACGGCCUUCCCUCGCGAGGUCCGGCGCCUGCCAGAGCCUGCCAAGUCAUGCCGCCAGCGGCAGCUGGAAGCCAGGAAGGCAGCAGCUGAGAAGAAGAAGAUUCAGAAGGAGAAACUGAGCACCCCCGAGAAGAUCAAGCAAGAGGCCCUGGAGCUGGCUGGGGUCCCCACCGACCCAGGCCUGUCCUUGAAGGGUGGGUUGUCCCAGCAAAGCCUGAAGCCCUCCCUGAAGGUGGAGCCACAGAACCACUUCAGCUCUUUCAAGUACAGCAGCAACGCGGUGGUGGAGAGCUACUCGGUGCUGGGCAGUUGCCGGCCCUCAGAUCCCUACAGCAUGAGCAGUGUGUAUUCUUACCACUCCCACUAUGCACAGCCCAGCCUGGCCUCCGUCAAUGGCUUCCACGCCAAGUAUGCUCUUCCCUCCUUCAGCUACUAUGGCUUUCCAUCCAGCAACCCCGUCUUUCCCUCCCAGUUCCUGGGUCCUGGUGCCUGGGGACACGGUGGGAGCAAUGGAAGUUUUGAGAAGAAGCCAGACCUCCACGCUCUGCACAACAGCCUGAGCCCGGCCUACGGUGGUGCUGAGUUUGCCGAGCUGCCUGGCCAGGCUGUGACCACAGAUACCCACCACCCUGCUCCUCACCACCAGCAGCCUGCUUACCCAGGUCCCAAGGAUUAUCUACUUCCCAAGGCUCCCCAGCUCCACCCGGCAUCCAGGGACCCCUCUCCCUUUGCUCAAAGCUCCAACUGCUAUAACAGAUCCAUCAAGCAAGAGCCAGUAGACCCACUGGCUCAGGCUGAAUCUGUACCCAGAGACUCUGGAAAGAUGGGCAAAACACCUUUGCCCGAAGCAUCUCAGAAUGGGGGACCCAAUCACCUUUGGGGGCAGUACUCAGGAGGCUCAGGCAUGUCACCCAAGAGGACUAACAGUGUAGGUGGCGGCUGGGGUAUGUUCCCUCGAGGGGAGAGCCCUGCCAUUGGAUCUGACAAGCUUAAUUCUUUUGGAGCUAGCUGCCUGACCCCAGCACACUUCCCAGAUGGCCAGUGGGGGCUGUUUCCUGGUGAGGGGCAGCCGUCAACCCCCCAUCCUGGAGGACGGCUGCGAGGCAAACCAUGGAGCCCCUGCAAGUUUGGGAACAGCUCCUCGGCCUUGGCUGGGCCCGGUCUGACUGAGAAGCCAUGGGGAGUAGGGGGAGCAGAUUUCAACGCUGCGCUGAAAGGCGGUCCUGGGUUUCAAGACAAGUUGUGGAAUCCCAUGAAAGGGGAGGAGGCAAGGAUUCCUACCUCCAGCUCAAGCCAGCUGGAUAAAGCCUGGCAGGCCUUCGGUAUGCCCCUGGGCUCCAGUGAGAAGCUAUUUGGGGCCCUGAAGUCAGAGGAGAAGCUGUGGGAUCCCUUCAGCCUGGAGGAAGGGACGGCUGAGGAGCCCCCCAGCAAAGGGGUGGUGAAGGAAGAGAAGGGUGGUCCAGUGGUGGAGGAGGAAGAAGAGGAGCUGUGGUCAGACAGUGAACACAACUUCCUGGAUGAGAACAUUGGUGGCGUGGCCGUGGCCCCUGCCCAUGGCUCCAUCCUCAUCGAGUGCGCCCGGCGGGAGCUGCAUGCCACCACGCCGCUCAAGAAGCCCAACCGCUUCCAUCCCACCCGCAUCUCGCUGGUCUUCUACCAGCACAAGAACCUCAACCAGCCCAAUCACGGGCUGGCCCUCUGGGAGGCUAAGAUGAAGCAGCUGGCAGAGCGGGCACGGGCGCGGCAGGAGGAAGCUGCAAGGCUGGGCCUGGGCCAACAGGAGGCCAAGCUGUAUGGGAAGAAGCGCAAGUGGGGGGGCGCUAUCAUUGCAGAGUCCCAGAACAAGGAGAAGAAGAGGGCUGUCCCCACCCGGCAGGCACUGGCCAUGCCCACAGACUCGGCGGUCACCGUGUCCUCUUAUGCCUACACAAAGGUCACUGGCCCCUACAGCCGCUGGAUCUAGGUGCCAGGAGCCAGCGUACCUCAGCGUCGGGCCCGCCCGAGCUGCCUCUGUGGUGCUUUUGCCCUCACACCUGGGGGCGGGUUGGGGGUGCAGAAGUCUUUCUAUAUCUACAUAUAUGGAUAUGCCUAUCAUAUAUAUGUAUUUAUGGUCCAAACCUCAGAACUGACCCGCCCCUCCCUUUCCUACUUCCCCAGCACUUUGAAGAAGAAACUACGGCUGUCGGGUGAUUUUUUUUUCGUGAUCUUAAUAUUUAUAUCUCCAUGUUUUAUUUUUCCCCUUAUUUGAGGGGCUUUUUUUUCCUUUGUUUUUAAAACUCUAUCCUUGUAUAUCACAAUAAUGGAAAGAAAGUUUAUAGUGUCCUUUCACAAAGGAGUGGUUUUAAAUUCCAUUUAAAAUGUAUAUUUAUUGGAUUUUUUAAAAAAGCGACAAUAGUAAUGGUAGCAGCUAGACGGGAGAGGCCAGCCGUGCUGUUCCUACCCAGCCAGUGCAGCCUCCUGGGAGCUGAUGGUUCUCUCAGCCAUCUGCCCCUCCGAGCCAAGGGCAGCGGGUAGCCCCGGUCCAUCCGUCUGUCCCUCCCCGUGCACAGGGACUGCUCCGGACAGCCUCUGUCUUCUCUGUAGGGUGGGAAAAGCUAUACACAACAUCUGGGGUCCCUUCCCAGUUGGCAGUGGGCCUCAGCCCCCCCAGGUCUGGCCAGAGAUGCUGGUGUAGAUCUCCCCAGAAACCAGAUUGCAAGUAGACCGCUUCAAGCUUGCUAGUCUCCACACUGAAUCCUCUCUGUCCGUUAUUUAUCAAGUACAUGAUGUCCUGGUUCGCUAGAUGGCACCUCAUGCUGGAGCGAGAGUCAAGAGGCUCCUGGGAGCCCUUUCCACCACUUUGAUAAGCCAAUGAAUACUGGGCUGAAGGAAUCUUAGUGGCAGUUUUUAAAAAUCGCCCCACAGUUUAUGCUGAUACUGAAAAAGGGCUACUGUAUUUUUAAAAACAAGAAGUUGAACCCAAGCUGUGACGAGCUAUCCAGGCUCUAAGGCUCUGCUUGGUGCUGUGCUGUGCAGGGAACCUGGUGCUGUAAGUAUUGUGCUGGAACUUUCUUGACUCUUGGGUCAGGUGGGGUCCUUCGGGAGCUCAGCGAGCCAGUGUAACAACAGUUAACACAUCUGUCCUUAUUCCUAGAUCUCCACAUCGGACAAUGGUGCAUGCCUCCCUGGUCCCCCCCCCCCAACUUAUUCUCAUGUGGGGAGGGGCCUGUACUUAAUUUGAAAGUCCAAGAGUCAAACGUUUUCAACAGGUUGCUAUGAUUUUUAUUCCUUCAUUGGUGCCAGUUCUCCAUCGGAUCAUUUUUCUUUUCCUUCCUCCCCUUUCCACCCCUUGUAACACACCCAUUCUAAAAUUCUGGUGCAUUUGUGUAGUCUUUUGAUGAGAAUGUGGUGCUUAAUUUUUGUGACAUUGUCAAAGAGAGGUUGGGCCUGUCUGGUAGAAGCAACCUUCAUUUUACAGCAAGUCAGACUUAUUGGAGUGUGUGCUUUCCUGUGGUAUUCACAGAAAAGAAACCAAGCUACUCAUGUGGAUAUGUGUGGUGAGUGGGAAGCUUCGUGAGGGCACACAGGGGGGACAUGACCACCCAGUGAGUGACAGUCAAGCCCUGAGGGAAAAAAAAAUCAGGUAUUUAUUAAGCAGUUUUAUUCAGAUGUGGGUCUUCAUGAAUUAAGUUUAACAAUCAGAUGGCAAUGCUAAAGGCAAGUUCCUGAGCCUCCAGGUGCCUUGCGUCAGAGCUGAGAGCCGCCCCACUGCGUUUACUAGAAGCUUCGGAAGCCCUGGCGGAGAGUCUCUGUAAGAUGUCCUGAGCAUUCAUGUGGUCUGGUUUUAACUGUAAAUAGUGAAAGAUUUUUUUAAGCACUUUUGCCUAGAUUUAAACAGCAACUUGGGGGAAAAAAAAUACAUUUUAACAUGUAAUUGUGGGAGAAAUUGUAAAUAGUAGCUAAAUAUUUAAUGUGCUUUGUCUAUCCUCCACUUUUACCAUAUUCUGUAAAGUUGCAUUUAUUUUACAGGACAAAAAUGAAAUAUUAUUGCUUUUGAAAUAAAUACCCAAGAGCUUAUCAGGAUUUAGAUUUAUUCAGAACUCAGAUUUAUAGGAAAACCUCUGACCUUCAGUUUGACAAGCGAAAGGAGGCAGAGUCUUUAAGAAGCAUGCUGAUUUUCUAGUUUUGAGGAAAAGUUGGGUCCUUUAAAAGCUAUUUUGCUUAUCGCAUCAGUACUUUUACGCAGGUCUCAUUUGACUCCUUGCUUAGGUAGAUGCGGGGGUGCCUUGAAAACUUCAUUUUAAAUGAUCUUAAGCAAGAAAUAUGCUAUUUUGCGAAACAUUUGGAGAAUGUGACCGUCCGUAUGGCUCGUGGAAGCCCCAGGUUGGCUGUUGGUUUGGAAGGUCCUGAGUGUAACCCAGGUGAUUCUGAUACUUGGCAUGUGUGAGUCUCUCUGAUGUGUGUUCAGUAUACUCUUUCUCUUGUCACCCUACGGUAGCAAAGCCAUUAGAAGAAAGAAACCAAUACAAGCUAAAAAGCAUGUGACGUGUGUCCCCCUUGCCACACAGCCUUGGUUCAUAAGCUCUAGGCCAGGAAACAGGCUCCAGCGAGGCCAGGCGAGGUGAGGGAGAGGCAGUCUGUGUUGGAUGUUCCCAAUCCCACCCCCACCCCUGAGCGAGCAUUUUUCCAGAGUUAGGGGUGCUGUGGCCAUGCUCGUGCCCAUGCUGACUUUUCACACACUACAUGUAUAACCUACCUCAAAUCUCAGUCACUGAAAUGAGCAUGCUUUAGACGUGUAUUUAAGAAGAAGUAACUAUGCACAGCUCUUUAGCCCCCCUCCCCUUGCUGCUGAAGGCUUCUUAAAAAAGAAAAAAAAAAUCAAAUUUUUAUUUUUUACUGGCACUAAUCAUUUUUUUAAGCCCUAAAAGUGAUUGAAAGACAUUUGUAUCAUGAGAAGAAAAGUGAAAGCCAUUGCAACUAAAGAACCUAACAGCAUGACCAAGUUUUAAGAGUACUGUGUCAUCGGAAAACGAUAGUCUCACAGUCACCCCCCUGGGUGCCCCAUCCACAGACACCAUCCACACACCGUGCACAUGUCUGCUUCAUUUUUUGCUUUGUUUUCCCGGCUUAUUGUAUACCAGGGAAGUACUUGGAAAGUUCAACGUAAGAGACCUUUUUUUAAGUAAAAACUAACCUUGCAGCAGGUUCUCACAAAAUAACUGGUGCUAGCUUCAGAAACCAUCUUACCAUCAGAAAGCUCCACUAAGGGUGUUGCAUAGAUUUGGGGGAAGGGGGUUGUUUUCGGGUCUGGUUUAUCAGCAGGGCCUAAAUUCCCCACACCCAAUCUCCUGGGUGCUACUUUGCCUUCUAACUGAGAUGAUAGUGGUGUGCAUGGAAAGGGAUUCUCCAGGCCCCUCUGGCCCUCCCAUCUGCCUCUUGGAAACAGUAGUUUGCAGAGCAAGAGACUGUUUUGAAAAGUGCUGAAGCAAGGAAGGAAGUAGCGUGGUUCCGUCGCUUUGUAUCAGACAGCAAUAGGUGCAUGAGGAUGGUUGUAAUCUGAUGUCAGUGAAAGAAAUCCAGCCAGACUUUGUUCUUGAAGUUUAACUCUUCAAGAUCUCACACCAAGGCAAAGGUGGUGGGAAACUCCGAUAGCCCUGAUGUGCCUCAACCAGUAUCUUUCCUUUUGUUACUGAAAUGUGUUUUAUGGACUAGGAAGCAUUUUUAUGAAUUGAAAUAGUCUAAAUAAAAUGGUGCUAUGGUGUUUUAAUGUGACUGUCCCUGAUCCUGUCUCGCUGAGGUGCUAUCAAUGUUCUGAAACCACGACCAACCAAAAACAAGGUGGGCUCCAGUCUCUCUGCUUUUUAUUCCCCCCCCCCCCUUUUGGUGCUGUCUUCCUAGACCUCUGUUUACCAUGCUAUACUCGGCUCUGAACAGGUUUUUGUUUUGGUUUGGUUUAUUGUUGUUUGGGUUUGUUGUUCUUACCUUGGUGGCCAAAGAAAGGCAAGAAAGCAAGUCACUCCUUGGUCAGGGAAGCAGUGAAGAGUGGACACUGUGAUUUUUGUACCCAUCUUUUGGGGCCAGAUGAGACAGGGCCUGGGGGUGAUGCUUUAGAAGAAGGGGGUUCAGGUACUCCUGCCUCUUCUAGCUUGGCAGGCAUCCUCCUGUGGUCCAGGGUGCUAAGCAGAUGACCCUGGAGCCUUGAACGGGGACACUGAGGGUCCAGAGAGAGCUCCUUCCUCACUAGGCACCGGGACCAUGGCAGACAAGGGGCUUGCUCCUUCGCUCACCACAGCCUUUGGCCAGCAUGGCUUCUGCUGCUCUUGGGCAGCUCCUUGAAUCCAGACUGGAGACAUAGGGCCUUUGUCCUUUGGUGCCACUGAGGCUGCUUUUUUAGUUGGUGCUAAAUUUCUCCUUGGGUCCACAGAAGUUGGGUGUUUUAAGAACAUAACAGGAAGCGCCAUUUUUGCAUCAUCCACUGUCACAAUUUUUUUUUAAAUACCUCAAAAGCAGGACAUUGUGACAUCUUCAAUAGGUUCUCUGAGCGACUGAUACCUGCAGGUUAUCCAUUUGAUGACAUACUUGACCUUGACAAAUCUGGGGUCAUUUUGGUUUUCAUUCUUCAGCAGUUAUGAUGGCAAAAUGCUGAAAGGAAGGAGCAUGAUUGGCUUUUAUUCUCCAUAAGUUUUCUUGCUUUUGAAUAAAAUGUGAAUUUCCUAUGCCCAUCUUAUUGAGCUUUGUCAUCAUUGCUGUCAUUUCAAAUGACUUCCCCUCAACACCUAGUUUUAUUUGCCAGCUGCAUGUGCUGCUGUCCAUGGCCAACUUCAACAUACCCUGGACCAAAAGAACGUUUUUGAGGUGCGUACCCCCGCACAGGCUCCCAGCCCCACACCCUCCUAUGCACAGUUGUUUCUAUGAGUGUAACCUGUCUGGCACACCCAGCCCUUCCUCCUGCAGAGCUGCCAGCAAAGGCCAAGCAAUAGGCUUCUCCCCCGAGCAAAGACCUUGGCGGCCAUGCCAGGUCUGAAGCUGAUUUGUGCCUAAGAAUCAGCGAGCUAUUUGGCCUGGUCCUCACUUGCUUCUAUUCUGAUAUCAGGGACGCUUUUUAUAUUGCUCGUGCUCUUCUCCUCGUGACUGCCGUCACUUAGGGCACUCAUCACUCUUGACAUGGCAACUUAAAAUACUAAUUGGCACAUUUGGACAUCUCAAAUUUUCUUGGUUCUAAUAUCUUUUCUUUUUUCUUUUUGGGGGGAAGAGGGAGAAAAAAUGGAGUGGUGUCUUUUUUUUUCAUGUAUUUAAAGAAACAAGGACUGGUCGUCUCGUGGCAUUUUAAUGCAUUAGACUUAAUCUAGAACCCUUGUAGCUUUCGGAUGUGGUUUAUUUCUUAUCUGUUUGAAUUCCUGUUUGGUUACUUGGCUUCCAAUGGAGGUGAACUUAACAACCAUACUUGAAUAUUCCGUCUUGACUUUGUAAACUGUGGCUACUUGAAAUGAAGUUUUAUCUGGGGUUGAUGGAUGAAUGGUAGAUUUUUUGCAAUGUCUCAAGGCAAUAGGAUGUGUAUUAUUAAACUGUAGAUAUCCUUAGUACAGUAAAUUUAUGCUGAUAAUUUUAUUUUGUAUAAUUUUUGCCUUUUUGUUAAUAUUUUUCCUUCUACUUUAUUGGUUUGCCUCCUGAGCUACCCCCCCGCCUUGCCCUUCCUUCUCCCCCAGUGUUUCAGUCAAUUUAAUUUAGGGUGCCUAGAAAUUGCAAGUAUGUAUCCUUUUUUUGAUUUGUAUUUUAUUAUAAUUUACACAAACAACUGGGUUUGUGAACUGUAUUACUCCUGGUAUCUUUAAAAUAUUGUGGGUGUUUUAAUAAAUUUUAUAUUUAUUUUUUGCACUCAAA